UAUAAAAUUUUUUUGACAAAAUCUAAAAAAGCGGUAAGAGGAUAAGAGAGAAAGAGACAAAAGCUGUUGUCUUUACCAUUUGAAGACUCAAAGAAUUUUAUUUUCUUUUAUUUUUUUGAAGUAAAUUAGGAAAAAAGAAGCUUAGAACAAGAAAGAAAAUCAUUGUUUGCUGGGUUUUUUCUUUCUUCAACUUGCAUGAGACACAACAGGUUUAAAUACUAAGUAAGCAAAGGUUUACCCCAACUUGAAGCAUCCUCUGAGGACCAAUCUCUUUCACCACCAUAUACGUAGUUUUGAUUGUGCUGCAGACACCAGACAGGAGAUGUUCGAUGCAGAUUGGAAGUCAAAUGCCACUUUUUCAUCUUGAGAACUAGUUGCUGCUGGAUAUCUAGCUUAGUACUGAAUUUGCUUUGCUGAUAUUAAGCUCAGGGUGAAGUGGCAUAGCAUGAUUCUUGUGUUGUAAUUUAAGUUGCUGGUGCGGAUGUUUGUUCCACUGGACUUAUGUAGCAUUUUAAGGAUAUCUUCCGGAUAGUGAAGCCUGUAUUGGAUAUGAGAAUGCUUGUGGAGACAUGCUCGAGCCAAGGGAAGCUGAUAUACCUGCGUUGUUUCUGGUCUUGGUGGUGCUUCCUCUUGUUGCUUACUUCUUACUCGGGAAAUGGAGUGAGGCUUCAAAGAAACAAGAACAGAUAAGUUUACUUGCUCAGCUUGCUGCUGAAGAAGCUCUUAGAGCUGAAACAAUGGCUGCUGCCAGUGUUAUUCUGCUUGUUCCUUCUUCAAAGAAUGGAUUACAUGCUUGUGCCUGGUGCUUUGGUCCUGCGACAACUCGCUGCUCGAGAUGCAAGGCUGUCAAAUAUUGUUCUGGGAGGUGCCAGAUUAUUCAUUGGAGGCAAGUACAUAAGCAAGAGUGCCUGCAGUUAGAGAGUACAAGCUCAAGUUCAUCUCCCAGUGUUGCCUCGUUUGGAGAAUCUGCACUACUCGGUGACAACGUGAAUUCACAGUUCUUUGGGGAUUGUUCUAUGGUUGAUUCCUCUCAAGUCCGUCUGGCUGAUAUGAGAAGUACAGAGAAGAGAAUUCCUCGUAAAUCCAACAAAGACAUGUUGCAAAGAGAGGAUGCAACUAUAUUUGAUUCUUGUGAGGAAACCUCAAGGACUAGAGCUAGUAGUUCGGCAUCUAAUAAUAUUUCUUCAAAAGAGGCUUUUAUAAGGCAUAAGUUGAGAACUAGUGGAUUUGUUGAAUCAGAAGAGGGUAUGUUAAGGCCACAAAAUGCCAAUGGCUCAACUAUGCAUCCUCGGAGACAAAAUGCAAGUACGGUCAUGCAUGAGAAUCAUAAACAUCAAAGCCAAUGCGGAAAUAAGUCUGAACCAAAAAGCAACUAUAAAUUGUUCUGCCCACCAUAUUCUGCAAAAGAUGGUCUGGGUGCAUGUGAAGCUGAAAAUGCCUUAUUCCAGAGUUCAGAGAAUUUAGUCAAUCGGGAAAAUGGUUAUAGUGGUGAAUCAGUAGAAUUAGACUGUUCUGGGAUGACAGCCGUGAAGGAAUGCACAAAAGCUAGAAGUUCGGUGCAUUCCUUAGGACCCAAAAUCUCUAAAUCACCUAAAUUAGCAGCGAAAGUGCCCGGAGAACAAUUAUGUCCGGAAAUGGGGAGGAAGGGACAAAUUCCAAAUGAAUUAAAAGUUUCGGGAAUGACGGGUGCCAUUCCAGCACAAGGAACCAAUGGGGCAGCUAGCAGCGGAAUUAUGGAGAUGAUGGGUUUAAAGAAGUCAACAAAGCCUGCCAGGAGCAGUUUUUCUGCGCUUUGUGGCGAGAGACGGAAGAAAAUAAAGAUGCUGUUUCCUUAUGAAGAAUUUGUAAAAUUUUUCCAGUGUGAAGCCUUUGACUUAUCACCGAGGGGACUUCUAAAUAUAGGGAACAGUUGUUAUGCCAAUGCUGUUCUGCAGUGUUUAACCUUCACAAAGCCUCUCAGCAUCUAUCUGCUGCGUCAAUCACAUUCAAGAGCCUGUUAUGGGAAAGAUUGGUGUCUUAUGUGUGAGCUUGAACAACUUGUGAUGUUGUUAAGAGAGAGUGGGGGUCCCUUGUCUUCUAGUAGGAUCCUUUCGCACAUCCGAAGUAUUAAUUGUCAGAUGGGUGAUGGAAGCCAGGAAGAUGCACAUGAGUUCUUGAGACUCCUGGUUGCUUCAAUGCAAUCCAUAUGCUUGGAGAGAUUAGGUGGGGAACACAAGGUUGACCCGAGGUUGCAAGAGACGACAUAUAUACAACAUACUUUUGGUGGGCGUCUUCGAUCAAAGGUAAAAUGUCUACGAUGUUUUCAUGAGUCGGAAAGACAUGAAAACAUUAUGGAUCUUACUUUAGAGAUAUAUGGUUGGGUUGAAUCAUUGGAAGAUGCACUAACUCAGUUUACGACACCCGAAGAUUUGGAUGGCGAAAACAUGUACCGGUGUGGAAGGUGUGCCGGUUAUGUUCGGGCUCGUAAGCAGUUGUGCAUAGAUGAGGCUCCUAAUAUACUGACAAUUGUCUUAAAGCGGUUUCAGGAGGGAAAAUAUGGGAAAAUAAACAAGUGUAUCACUUUCCCCGACAUGCUCGACAUGGUUCCUUUUAUGACUGGAACAGGUGACAUCCCCCCACUUUACAUGCUUUAUGCUGUCGUGGUGCAUUUGGAUACCCUGAAUGCAUCUUUUUCCGGACAUUAUGUGUCAUAUGUAAAAGAUUUGCGAGGCAACUGGUUCAGGAUAGAUGAUACAGAGGUACGUCCAGUCUCAAUGAGCCAGGUGAUGUCUGAGGGCGCAUACAUCUUAUUUUACAUGAGGUCAUGUCCUCGUAUUCAAAGAGAAUUCACUGAAAAGAGCAUACGGAAGCAAGUUCCUACUAGGCACCUUGUAUCAAAAACGGAGGAGCCUUCACGAGCAGCACAAAGUAAAUCUGGCAGCUGCUCUGUUGGCCCCAAGUCAGAUUUCAGUCCCAGAACUGCUGCCAGUUGUUACAACCGCAAUGGUAAUGACAUUCUUAGGCAGAGCACAAAUGGUAACAUUCCUGAACCUAUUAACAUGGAGUUCUCGGAUGCUACAUCAAGUGAUUGGUCCCUUUUCACAAGCUCAGACGAGGCAUCUUUCACAACGGAGAGUGCUAGAGACUCAUUCAGUACCGUAGAUUAUGCCGAUGCAAGCAAUGGAGAUACGUUCUCAAUCUUCAAUAACUUAUCAACACCGGAAUCCUCCUCGUACAACACGGUUUCUUGUAGAAUGUUUUCUACUAGUAGACCCUAUACUCGAUUUGCGUUAGAGGAGACAGGUUAUGUUUACGAUUCGUACUCAUCUAUGCAACCCGAGUUUAGGUUUCACGAGAACCUGGAACAGGUUAGUGAUUCGUUGUCGGAAUUUUCUUUAGCUAGUGACUAUGGCUUGUUUGUAAAAUAUGGGAACAACCCGAAAAAUAGUCUUGAUAGAACUGCUAAUUAUGAACCCUACUAGUUCAUGGAAAUUCCUACUGAUAAUUGUUUUACUCCAUUUUUGGCUUCAAUGCUUUGUUGAUCACAUCAAAAGAUGCAAAGUAAAGGAAUAUUGAAAAUGUUUGUUUUCUUUUGAAA